GGUCUGAAGUGGUUUGGCUCCCUGGGGUUCCUGGUCUUUGAGACAGGAACCAGGCAGGAAGUCUUCCACAACACAGGAACCCUCUCCAGACUCAGGCUCAGUUUGAAGAUGCGGAGCAGCACCUGACAGAGCUGGUCUGCACAGUCUUUGAGGAGUCUGGAGCUCACUUCUCACCUGAUCAGCUGUUAUGGAGAGGCUGGGGGUGGAGGAGGAUGAAAGGAGAGAGGGUGAUGGUGGUGGUACAUUAGACCCUCCAGAAAAAUGCGGGCUAAAAUCCUUGAUUAUGCGAAUAAAUAUGCGGGGUUUUUAUGCCAUUUUAUGCGGGGAAAUUGCGGAAAGUUGCAAAGUAUGGGAAUAGUUGUGAAAUAUGCAAAAAUAUGUGCGAUUCACCUGCCGUCUGGCCACGGAGGGAUAUUUCGCGAACUGAUGACGUCAGGCCGGGCGUCACAUAAAAACUCACAACUCCAUUUAUAUCGGUUAUAGUUUUCUCAUUUUAUGCGGAAAUUGUGAAAUCAAGCGGUACCUGCAUAUUUCUUUUUUUUUUGUGGAAAUGUGAGAUUCUUGCAGGAAUUAUGUGCUGUUUUGCGGGAAUUAUGCGGCCUUUUGGGAAAAAUCAGCGGCAUUUUGGUGAUUAAUGCGGGAAUUCAUGCGAUCGCAUAAUCGCGUUUUUCUGGAGGGUCUAGUACAUUUAGAGGGUAAAUGUAGUGUUAGAGGGUAAAUGUAGUACUAAAGGGUAAAUGUAGUACUAGAGGGUAAAUGUAGUACUACAUAGUAGGAUGUACUGCAGUAGGGAUGUCCCGAUCCGAUCACAUGAUCGGAAAUCGGGCUUGAUCACGUGAUUACAGACUCGAUCGGGAUCGGAAGUUACCUCCCGAUUUGGACUCGGUUGGAUAUAUACGUUUAUUUUUUAUUUAAUUUCCUUUUUAAAUGAGACAUAUAUAGGUUUUCCGUGCUACAGAAAGACGUAAUUACAGAGAGACAGCAAUAUGUGCGGCAUGACAUCACGUGCCUGCAAGAACACGAUUGGUCAAGCGAAGCAAAACACGGAAGUGGAGCUACCACAUGAGCUGAGAGCACGCACACGAGGAGAACAUGUCAGCGGUGUGGAAGUAUUUUCAGGUGGACGAUAAAAACAAUGCGAUUGCAAAUUGUUCAAUUUGCAAACUUGGGAUUUCAAGAGGGGGCAAAGACAGGGCAUCUUUUAAUACAACGAAUCUUAUACGUCAUUUGAAAAACAAACACCCGACGGAAUACGUAGAGUUUACGCAAACAAACCAGCCGAAAACUUCUCAGCCCACGCUACUCGACGUACUGAAAAAGAAAGAAAAAAUGCCCCGCGAUAGUCCUAAAGCCCAGAGCAUCACAGCGAUGGUAGCACAAAUGAUUGCUCUCAGUGACCUGCCUUUUUCCUUUGUCGAGGAUCAAGGAUUUUUGAUGCUAAUGGAGCACAUUGAGCCGCGAUUUGAGAUGCCAUCUCGACACUACUUCACCGAAAAGGCUUUGCCAGCGCUUCAUAAGAAGAUAACCGACAAACUUAAGGUUAUGUUAUCCAAAGCAUCUUAUAUAUCGUUUACCACUGACAUCUGGAGCUCGUCAGUCGCUCCGAUGUCUCUACUGAGCCUCACUGCACAGUGGAUUGACUCAACUUUUGUUUUACACCAUGCUACCCUCCAUGCUCAGGAUUUUCGCGGAACGCAUACAGCAGAGCGCAUUCAAGAAGCAAUGGAGAAGAUGCUCCAAAACUGGGGAAUUGAAAAGGAAAGAGUCCACGUAAUAUUACGAGACAAUGCGCCAAAUAUGAGAAAAGCUAUGAAGGACAUGGGGGUGCGUAGUGUGGGCUGUGUCGCGCAUUCAUGUCAGCUGUGUGUGCACGAGGGCCUGCUUUCACAGAGGAGUGUGACAGAGACCUUGGCCAACGCGAGGAAGAUUGUGGGCCAUUUCAAGCAUUCACCCCUGGCUUAUUCUCGUCUUGAAGACAUCCAAAUGGACCUCAACAUGGAUGUCAAACGCCUUCAGCAAGACGUACAGGUGAGAUUUGCUCUUAUAACUUUUUGUCUGAAUUUUUAUCAUCCUACACUAGACAGUCACUGUUAUUUAAAGCUACAUUUUGUGGUGGCAGUAGUAGUUUGCACUAAAGUUACUAUUACUCUUUUCACAUGCACAGACCACAUGGAACAGUAGCCUCUACAUGCUGCAGAGCCUACUCGUGCAGAAAAGGGCUCUAAGUGUCUUUGCAGCAGAGCGACCUCUACCAGCAUCACUGACAGCACACCAGUGGGAGCUGAUGAAGAAAACAGCUGAUGUACUGUCCCCUUUUGAACAGCUGACCAGAGAUGUGAGCAGGGAAACUGCAUCUGCAUCUGAUGUAAUUCCUGUCAUAACAGUCCUCAGGCGUGUUCUGUCUCGGGAGGAUGAUGAUGACCAGGGAAUUAAGACUAUGAAGAGGACACUCUUGGAGGCAGUGGAGAAGCGCUUUGCUGAGGUUGAAACUGAGCCACUGUUCUACAUUGCUCCUCUACUAGAUCCCAGAUACAA